AUGCCGUCGCGUUCGCCGCGGCGGUCGGCCCGGACCCCCCUCCCGACCGCCGCCGAGCCCCCUCCCGGCCUCUUCCCCGCCAGGGAGGACCUCGUCCGCUUGCUCGCCGUCAUAUCCAUCGCCGCCGCAGCCGCCGCGGCCUGCAGCGUCCUCAACCGCCGCCCUGAGCCCUUCUGCGACUCCCCCCAAUCGCCCGAUGACUACGCCGACGAUUCGUGUCAACCUUGCCCUCUGAACGGGCGAUGUGUGCACGGUGAGCUGGAGUGCGUCCAGGGGUUCAAGAGGCAAGGCAAAGCAUGCAUAGAGGAUGGACUGCUUAGCCAAACAGCUAACAAGAUUUCAGAGCUGCUACAGCUAAGGAUCUGCAAUCAGCAUGCUCGUGCUUUAUGUGGCCAACCUGCCGAAAUCCUGUUUCAGGAGCAUGAUGUCUCAAAUGCUAUUGAUGAACUCUUGUCAAAGAUUCCUGCUGGCCUAACUGAGGAUGGAAUUCAACUUGUGAAAACUAGGGUGCUGGAGAGUUCUCGGGGCUUCUUCGACACAACAUUUACUUCCAACAAAGUCAAAGUAUUUAAAUGCCCUGAGCUGGUCGUGGAGCUUCAUAUGCCUCUGGCUUGUCGAGUUCGCCAAUGGAUCUCUAGAAAUACCAUCUCUGUGGCAACCUUUUGUAUCCUGUUUGCAGCACUGCUCUGGAUACCGUGGAUCAUUUACAGGAGGCGGGCAUUAUCUAAUAGAGCUGAACAAAUAUAUGAGCAGGUAUGUGAAAUCCUUGAAGAUAAUGCCAUAAACGCCAAGAUUGACAACUCCAAUUGUGAGCCUUGGGUGGUUACCUCUUGGCUCAGGGAUCACCUGCUGGUUCCUCGAGAGAGAAAGAAUGCUUUCUUGUGGAAGAAGGUCGAAGAACUGAUACUAGAAGAUUCUCGAAUAGAUCAAUAUCCAAAGGUGAUUAAGGGGGAGUCAAAGGUUGUUUACGAGUGGCAAGCAAGUGGCUCACUUAGUGCAAAGAUUAAAAAGGUGCAAGGUGCAAGGGUCAAGUCAAGGACUGGUGGAGGUGCGAUAAAAUUUGCGGAAGAAAUGGGUGCUUGCUUGGGUGAGGUGAGGGAGCAGGGCUCAUGUGAUUUAACACGCGAAGAAAGAAGUAAGGCGAAGCUCACGUGCAGUGAUUAG